CGUAAAUACAUACUCAACUGAAAGCCCAAUCCCCGAGCCGGGCGGGUUUGGGUUGUCAAGCCGUGUGCAGCCCGGAUGUGUGGGGUGGAGGAGGAAGGCUGCUUUUUUCUUUUUUUUCCUGACAACUCUCUUCUUGACAAUUCAUCCUUCUCAUUCCAUGUCUGUCAAUUCUACAACAACACCACUUCGCCGAAGAAAGCCUUCAAACAGUUUCGCUAAACUCCUGCUCGGAAUCGGAUCGGAUCUUUGAUAUCAUAUUUACAAUUUCUGCAGCCUCUAAACUUCCUCUCUCUCUCUCUCUCUCUCUCUUCAGAGUUCGACUGUCCCCUCUCCCUUGCAUCUGAUGGCCUCCCAUGUAUUUAUGUAUGUAAACCACCUUGCUUGCCUGGCUCGUCCGAUACUCAUUUGUGUAUAUGUAUGACUGUGUAUCAGGUGUGAGUAAAUAUGUAUGGUGUGACUGGCUGGUGAAGAAGGUGCGUGGUGGUUUUGGAUGCCUUGUUUUAAUCACCAUGUCCCCCAAAUCUCGCUAUGUCCAACUGUUUUCCCUUAUUCCUGGCGAUUCUUAAGCCUCUAGUUCUACUCCCUCUGCCUAGUCUCUCUCUACCUAUUUACUACCACCACUCUGCCUCCUUAGUACGCUCGACCAGAGAUGCCAUCUCCCAGAGAUCCACCAAGCAUCCUCCUCCCCCAACAACUCAACACGUCGACAAUAGCCUAUUGAAGAAGAGUACCACAAAACCUACUAGUCACACUCACUCACACAUCAGCAUCCUCCUACCACUCCCACCACCACCAGUCACCCGAGCCAUCCAACGACCUUGUACUAUUCUACUUUGUCUCCUUACCACCCCAGUAUUCUCAACCCUUUACGACCUCAGUCUGGCCCAAAAGGCGAAAAAAAAAGAAGGAACAACAACUCAAACAAACUCACCUUCCCGCCUCCUAGUCUAACCAACCUCACAUAACAGCCUCUGUGAUCAGCACCUACCACCACCAAGUCACCCCACCGGCCUUCCUUGGUUCCCUUGGUCGAAAAAUUCAUCCAGGAUCCAACUCUCCUUGCACUACACCCUCUUUUUUCGUCAUACGCCGGCACACACGGUACACACCUCCAAGGCUCACUCAUGCUUACAAGACCAAUUGGCCCUCCUCCUUCUUGUCCAUAAAUACCAGCCAUCAGACCCACUGGCUGCUCUUCUUUCGUCCCCCAUCCACUCACAACAACUGCCUCUCUCGAGCUUGUGACAUCGGACAUACACCAUUCUAGAACAAACUUCUUGAGCCACUACAACAACAUACCUUUUAGAUAUUUAUUGCGAACUGUAACCGUCCUUGUGCUUGCCUUAUCCCAGUCUAAAGACGUUGCUCAUCAUCGUCCCCCUUACAGUAGGAUUACUGAGACUCAAGCCUAAGCAUCUCCGCUAAACAUCUUUGACGCGUACCCGUUUGUUGAAUGAGCAGUACCGCUGGUCUAUUACCACCCUGAGCACUUCCAACUCAUUCCAUCCCUCCACAUUCCGCUCGACAUCUUCCGUGUGACACGUUGCUUGUUCAUACCCCCAAUCGGCGCUAGUCCUACUGUCGAUCUCUCAAUCCUUCUAUUUGUCCUCAGAUAUAUUUCUUGAUCUCGCGUCCUUACCCCAAGACAUAUACCUCUAUUACCCACGAUGGCAUCCUCACAUCUUGUCUCCUCCUCUCCUACACCUGCCCACCAGUUACACCAUCCAUUCCGCCGCUUCGAGGCUCAGCCUUCCCCACUUUCCACAGCACGUGUCCAUCGAGGAGCUAACCGUAGUAGUCACGCGCACCAGGAUGACCAGAGAUUGGCCGGAUCCGAUGAGCUCAUCGAGGUUGAAGACCAGGAAGAAUACGGUGACCAGACCCAAGAGACUGACAUGCUCGAGGAUGAUGACCAAGUUGAUAUGGCGGACGACUUCAACCAACACGCUUCUGAAGGAGAGUAUGACGACGAUGUAGAGUGCGAGGAAGAGGUCGACGACGAGGAGGAGGUCGAUGACGAGGAAGAGGUCAAUGACGAGGAGGAAGAGGAGGAGGAGGAGGAGGAGGAGGAGGAGGAGGAACCAGCUGAGCAAGCUAUGGACGAGGCUUCCAGUCCAACAUUAGAUGCCUCAUUCGCAACCUCCAUGUCCAUCGCCACGGCCCCUCCAACGCCGUCUCCCAAUCCAUAUGGGACGACCUUCCCUUCGAAUGGUCGUGAUCGGAUUAUGGCCAAGAGCCCAUUCCUUCCAGCUCACCUCUUCGAGCCCAACCCCAACGCCAUGCCUCCAUCAUCAUCUCCAUGUCGCAUGGACAUUUCCCCCGCCCCGACCCGACGCCGCUGCAGUAUACCCAAAAAUUCUCAGCAAUCAAACGGGUUUCACUUCUCCGAUGACCCAUUCGCGGCGGGCCCUUCGCACUCACAGCCGAAGACUCACUGGAUGGCCAGUCCGACCACAAGUGAAACUCGGCGGGCCAUCGGGAUAAAGAAGGUACCUUCGCGACCGAGGCUAUCCACUGAUUCCGUGCCAGGUAGACCUGGCCAGAAAUCUUCACCUUGCCCCAUCCCUCGGGCCAGUAGCGAUGGGAUGGACAUCGACUCUCCUGUCAAUGUCCAACCGACGCAAGACUGCGGGAUGAACAUCUGCAGUUCUUCGAUGGGAGCUGAGGUCGAGGACCAGCAGACUGGCCUUCCUCUUUUCCGACAGCGCACAUCGCGCUCAACCAGUCAAAGCAGCACUGGGAAACGAAGUCGGUCGGAUGACGAGGAGGACGACUUCCAAGUCACCUAUUCUCGUCGGGGCAGCGGCAGCAGCACUCAUCGUCGGGGCAGCGGUAGCAGCACUCAUAGUCGCGCACCGGGUGCCCACAAACGCGUCCCGAGCCCUCCCCGAUUGGCUCUUCCUUCACAGUCUCAGGCCGGCCGCUUGUUUGCACCAAACACCCGCUCACCGGUCAAGCAGACUGGGGCACUCUCGCCCUUCCUCUCAUCCUCGUCGCCAAGCGACACCGUCAGCCCGAGCAUCAAAGCGGCGGCCAACAUGACUUUGGGUCGCAAAGCCGGGCAACGCUCACUGUCCGGAUUUCGUUUCCCAGCCUCCAAGUCGAACAUCCCCUCGGUCGCUAUCCCUCCCAGCGGUCGUCCUCAACACAGCGGCAAGGGCAGCCUGGGCUCUGCCUCCGCAAUUGCUGUUGCUCCUCGGCGUCCUGGCUUAGGUGUGGUACAGAGCAGCGCGACACUUUUUGGUCGCCAUCAAUCCACGUCGACGACGCGAAACGUCGUCAACCGCCAACGCGACGCUAGUGGAAGGCCUGCCUCGAAGACUCGCAGAGCCAUCAGCUUCGCUUCCAGCAAAGCUGGAAACAUGAGCCUUUUCCUCCAAGGCAAUAACAUGGUCGUUGACCCCGACGAAGAUGAUGAUGAGUCGCUGGAUGCCAGCACGAUCUUCAACUGCUCGCCAGUGCCCCGGGGCUCUCUAACCGCCAAUCCUUUGGUCAGCGGCACCUGGCCUAAGACUUCUGAGAGCCCGAUUCGCCCGAACAGGAGUGCCAGCUACAACGACUCCUCGGUGCGGAACCUGACCAGGAAGACUUCGGCACCUGGUCCCUCGAGCUCAUUGGCUCCUCCCCCCUUCCCUCACACUAUGGCUUACCAGAGUCCGGUCAAGCCGUUGGUCGCUACCAUGGGCGCUGCGGUCGAGAGUCCUGUGGGGAUGCCGUUCAGUGAAAAGGAGCGAGCCGGCAAGAUCCUACCUUGCCAUAAGGUAUCCAACGACGGUCUCAUGCGGAUCUCACCGGAGACGAUGGACCGGUUCAUAGAAGGGUCGUACGACGACAGCAUCUCCCACAAGGUCAUCGUGGAUUGUCGCUUCGGGUACGAAUUUGAUGGCGGACAUAUCCGAGCUGCCAUCAACAUCCAGGACAAGAAGGCUGUCGACAGCAUGCUUCUCAAAGGAGAAAUCUUCGCACGCGGGCAAAGUGAUGUGCCUUUGCCCAGUGAGUCCGGGAAGGCAGACUCGGCGGGACGGAAGAAGAAAGUGGUAGUAGUAUUCCACUGUGAAUACUCUGCCAUGAGGGCACCUACGGUUGCCAAGUACCUUCGUGAGCAAGAUAGGCACAUGAACAUGCCGCACUACCCCGCCCUCCACUACCCAGAGGUCUAUAUCCUCGAGGGCGGCUAUGCCAAGUACUUCGCCCACUCUCCCCAACACUGUGAGGGGAGCUACGUGCGGAUGGACGACCCGAGCCAUCGCAGCGACCGACAUGCGACCUGAACCAGUUCAGGACGCGUGAGCUGCGGUCUCUCACGGGCCAGAGCUACACCUAUGUGAUAGCAGAGUCGUCAGGCCGCAGCGUCCAGAAGCAGCCGAUCUUCGGCCAAGCCCGCGGCGAGUCUCACCGCUCGCGAGACAAGUUCGGGGCUAGACAAAACAGUGAGUCCUCCUCACAGUACUCCAAGAUCGUCGAGGAGGACGAGGAUGACCUUGCCAGUCAUCAGGCUUAGGCACAAUAGCCUUCGCCCCAGCCCCCUUCAUCCCCCC